CUUCCCCCCACCCCAUGCCUUUGACUUGGUUGUGAAAUCCUUUAACCAGAGGGAAAAUUUCUCAGCUCUUCACUUCUGCUUUUGAAGGGCUAUAAAACAGUGCGGGAGAAAUCAACCAGCACAGAACAGAGUUCUUUGUGCUCCACAGCGCAGCAGGCGGAUCUGGGAUUCUCUCCUACCAGUCUUUGUUGUUCAGGUCUCAAAGGCAGCCAUGGCAGCAGUACCCGAACUGGCCAGUGAGAUGAUGGCUUACCACAGUGACGAGAACGACCUGUUCUUUGAGGUGGACGGCCCCAAACACAUGAAGGUGAGACUCUGGGUUUUGUUCCUGGUGUGUGGAAGGGCUCAAAGAAAGGGGCUCUGGGCUGCCUCACCCCCCAGUGUUGGCAGAAAGCCUGAGAAGAAGGAUCUGUGUAGAAAAAUCCAGAACUCGUUGAAGCCCAUCUUCUGUGACCCCUGGGAUGACGACGGAUACGAGUAUGACGCGGCCGUCCCGGUGCUGAACUGCCGGCUGCGUGACGUCCAGCAGAAGAGCCUGGUGCUGUCUGACCCGUGUGAGCUCAAAGCUCUGCACCUCAAUGGACCGAAUCUAAGGCAACAAGUGGUGUUCUCCAUGAGCUUUGUGCUGGGAGAAGGGAAUGACAGCAAGACACCCGUGGCCUUGGGCAUCAAGGGGAAGAACCUGUACCUGACCUGCGUGAUGAAGGGGGACAAGCCCACCCUGCAGCUGGAGAGUGUAGACCCCAAAAGUUACCCCAAGAAGAGGAUGGAGCCGAGGUUCGUGUUCAACAAGAUAGAGGUCAAAGACAAGGUGGAGUUUGAGUCUGCUCAGUUCCCCAACUGGUACAUCAGCACCUCCCAGGCGGAGCACCUGCCCGUCUUCCUGGGGAACAACAGCGGCCAGGAUAUAACAGACUUCACCAUGGAAUUCGUGUCCUAAGGAGCCUCACCGGCCGCCCACGGCAGCGACGUAGCCUGCAGGCAGAGGGCCGGCAGAGGAGGGCAGGAGGGCUCUGAGCAUGGCUGAAGGCUGGACCGACACCCACCUGUGUCCCCAGGUGGGGACAUAUUCGCAGAGCUCUCUUGCCACCAGCCAGGAGAUGGCUCUCUCCUCCCAGGGGCCAUUUCGGAACCUCUGCUGACCUGGCCACCCUCCUCUCCUGCGUCCUCAACGCCAGCCCAAUGGGAUCAGGCCACAUUCUGUUCCAAGAAAACCUCUCCUCUGCUCCCAGCUUCUGAUGAGCAUCAGCUUACCCACUUAUUUAUGUAUUUAUUGAUGGGUGGAUCUAUUUCAUUCAAGGGGACCGGCGGCAGCAGUGACCGGGAGGGAGCCUCCUCCUCAGUGCUUGUGGAAUGGCUGUGAUCAGGCCUGGUGCACGGGCUGCAGCUAGUCCUCCCCUUGGGGCUGAAAAUAGAUGUGCUCAGACUAUGUGGCGGGGAAUAUUUAUGAGUGAGAAAGUAUAAUCACACUGAUUCAAUGGUUCUGAAAUAAAUCUCACUGAAAAAAA